CUACUUUACAUCCGAUUUUUAUGUCAUUUCCAAAAGACAAUGUUGCGUGUCGUUUCUUUUUCCGCGUGCAAAACAACGAUACAACUCUUUUUUUUCUCUAGUGGGCCGGUCUUUUCGGCCCAAGAAAAUAUCACUAAAACAACAGUGCCAAUCAUACGUCUUUCCUUCUGGCGCAUGCGACCAUCUCAGUUUCUUAUUAUUACUAUAAACUUCGCCUUCGCGAACGUAACCAUAACGAAUCUCAUCUCCCCGCGUUUCUCUCAGAGGUAGAUCCUUCUACUCAUUGAUUUCUGAUGCAGAUAAGUAUUUGAAAUUAAUAUAACUAAUAAAAUAAAUAACAAGAUAUUUGAAAAUAUUCCAAAUACUUAUCUGCAUCAAUUUCUUACACUCUUCUCGCUAUGUAGAUUCUGAUAAUCUGUUAAAAUUUUGAAUUUGAAGAGAAGUGUGUGUUACGAGCUUAUAGAAUCUCGAAAUUAGGGUUUUCUUUUUUUCUGCUCAAAACAGUUGCUUGAUUGUUCGAUUUACAAAUUCGUAGGAGUCUAUAUCAAUAUCAAUGGGGAAGGAAGUUGUUAGCCAGUUCACUUGGGUGAUUAGGAACUUCUCCUCUCUGCAGUCCGAGAAAGUUUAUUCUGAUGUUUUUACUGUCAGUGGCUGUAAAUGGCGUCUUCUUGCCUUUCCUAAAGGAAAUGGUGUUAAGUGUUUGUCUCUGUAUCUGGCCGUUUCUGGUAGUCAAUCAUUGCCCUAUGGAUGGAGAAGACGAGCAGAACUGUGCUUAAGUGUAGUGAAUCAAGUUUCUGAAGAACUCUCCCAAACUAAAGUUACAUACCACUGCUUUGACGCGAAGGACUUCGACUGGGGAUUUACGACAAUGCUUCCACUUGACAAAAUUCAUGAUAAAAAUGGUGGGUUCCUGGUAAACGGAGAGCUCAAAAUUGUUGCUGAGGUAUAUGUUCUUGAAGUUAUUGGAAAACUAGAUGAAGGUGGAGAGGAAUCCGAAUCAGUGAACAUGUUAGAGGGGGAUGAUGGUGCGGAGUCUAAUGAUUUACUUGAGGUUUCAGUAAAUGAAAGCACAGACGUCAAUGGCUUUCAAGUCCUUCCUUCACAGGUAGAAACCAUGAGCCGUAUAUUUGAAAGACACCCUGAUAUUGCAUCAAAGUUCCGUCCAAAGAAUGAGCAUCUUAGGACAGCUUACAUCAACGUCCUCCUCAGCCUGAUUAAGACGCUGUGCCAGUCGACUCAUGAACUCUCCAAGGAUGAUCUGACAGACGCAUAUGCUUCUCUCGUGUACUUGACAAACGCAGGUCUGAAUUUAGAUUGGUUGAAAAAGAAAUUGGAAGAAAGGUCAGAAAAGAAGGAGAAACAUGAAGCUAGCGAGAGAAGGAUGAAAGAGAUAGAGGAGGAGUUGAAGGAUUUGAAGCAGAAGUGCUCAAACCUGGAAGCUGAACUGGAGAAGGAGAAAGCAGAUGUGUCUGUAGCCAGAUCUCCCCUAUCAUUCGAUGAUGUUGUUUGAUGUGGUUACGUUUGGGUUCUGUUUCGUUGUCUAGUCUAUGCUCGUUUGUGUCUUGGUUUUGAUUUGGUAGUUUCUUCAAACUCUGGAAGAUAAAUGAUGGGUUGGAAACAUCCGCAUCUUGUAAAGAAGUAUUUUGUGGUGGAGGACUCGUUAGGUUACUUUAAUGCACAUAUGUUUCUUGA